CAAGAGGACAGGGACUGCCGGCUACUAUGAUGACCUAUGGUCACAAUGAGAUUGUACACACAGUGGUAGUUGACAUCUAGGCGAGUGUGCAGUUAUUGGUGGAACACAUAAACCGACGCAAUGCUGAAAGUGGAAGUAUGGAUUUGGAGCAUUCUAUUGCUAAGUGCAGGUACCCUUUGUGAGGAGGUAGUGGACGAGUGCGACCCCAGCCCUUGUGAGAACGGGGCUACGUGUGAGAGCCUUGUGGGGGGCUAUGUGUGCCACUGCUCCCAGCAGAGCCUAGACAAGUUCCUGUAUGGGGGCCAGAACUGCAGCGAAGCCUUGGUUGGCUGCGAGGGCCAUGAGUGUCAGAACCAGGGCUCCUGCUCUCCAUUCCUGAGUGACGGGCAUCAUGGCUACUCCUGCCACUGCCCCCCGGGCAACACCGGGCCUCUCUGCCAGACCCCCACAGCAUUCUCCUUCGAGCAGAGUGGCUACCUGUUGCUGCAGAGCCCCAUGAUUGCAACAGAGGCUUCCUGCAACAUCACCCUGAGCUUCCGGACAGUGCUGCCCAGGGCUGUGCUCUUCCAGCGGGGCAGUGGAAGGCAGGUCCUGGGUCUGGAGCUGUUGGGGAGCCAUCUGAGACUCAGCCUGAGGAGGGAGGCCUCAGGUGGGGCAGAGGGAGAGGCCCUGCAGCUUAGCCAGACACUGGAGCUCCCCAUUAACGUGACUGAUGGGGAAUGGCACUCUGUGGAGGCCGUGCUGGGGGACGGCCUACUCAGCCUCAGGCUCCUGGAUGACGGGGUCUGUCAGGAACAGGACUGUGAGAGGGAAGCCCAGGUCGCAGGCACUCUGACUGGGACGGACUCUCCAGAGUCUCCCCUCCAGAACACCUUCAUCGGCGGGGUGGUGGAGGCAGGUGUGGUUCUGGAUCCGGUCCCGGCCUUUAUCGGCUGUCUGCAGGAAUUGUUUGUGGACUCCCAGCUGGUGGUUCCGGAGGAGUGGCUGAGCGACUCGGCGGUGAACGUGACUGUAGGCUGCAGCCACAGGGACAGAUGUCAAGACAGCCCCUGUCAGAACAGAGGACAGUGCACCAACCUGUGGCAGAGCUACCAGUGCUGGUGCCCCCGGCCAUAUGAAGGCCAGGACUGCGCUGAGGAGUAUGUGACGGCCCGCUUCGGCAAUGAGGACUCUCAGAGCUACGCCGUCUUCACCACCACAGAUGACGCAGGAAGUGACAUCACUGUCUCCCUCUUCCUGCGCACACGCCGCCACGCUGGCCUUUUGUUGGUGCUCGCCAAUAGCACCAGCCAAUACCUGCGCCUGUGGCUGGACGAGGGGAGGGUCAGAGUUCAGCUCCAUAACUUUGAGACCUUGACCAGUGAGAGUGUGGUUAACGACGGGGACAUCCACUUUGUGAGCGUGGUGGUGGACCGUGAGCAUAUGGUCCUGUACGUGGCCAACCAGAAGCAGGGCUCAGUGGAGGUCAGGACGGUGGACAGUCAGAUGGGGGAUGUGGUGUAUGUGGGGGGUCUGGCAGAGCAGAAGUUGUCAUCAGCCUUCGGGGGCUACUUUAAAGGCUGUAUCCAGGACCUGAGGAUCAACAGUAAGAGACUGCAGUUCUUCAGGCUGGACACCACAGUGACGUCAUAUCCUCUGGUGCUCAUGGCUAACAUCACAGCGGGCUGCGCUGGGGUCGACUCCUGUAGUAGGAACCCGUGUCAGAAUGGGGGCAUGUGCUACCCCAUGUGGGACGAAUUCGCCUGCACCUGCCCCCCCAACACUGCAGGGCGGCGCUGUGAGGAAGUCAAGUGGUGUGAGCUAGCCCCCUGCCCCGCACAGGCGGAGUGCCGCACCCUCAACCAGGGAUACGAGUGCUUUUCCAACGCUACCUUCCUUGACGACAGCAGUGUGCUGUCUUACCGCGGUAACGGCCAUAUCCAACGUAGCCUGGCCAGCAUCUCCCUCAGCCUGCGCACCCGUAAACGCCACGUCGCCAUCCUGCAUGCCGAGCGUGGGCCGGAAUUCUUGACAGUGUCUGUGCAGGACGGCCUUCUCUUCCUGGAGCUCCAGAGCGGGGAGGGGGAGGGGGAGGGCAUGUCCACUGUGUCCCUGAGCAGCCGGAUGGGGGUCAGUGACGGGGAUUGGCACAGCAUCCACCUCUUCAUGGUCACCCCCUGGGCAGAAGCGUCCCGCUGGACCUUAGUGCUGGAUGACGAGGUGGAGGAAGAUGGGACCUCCAGCAGCGAAGGGGGCAACCUGGACUUCCUCAGGGAAGGGGUGGACAUCCAGCUAGGGGGGCUGGGGCCCAAGGCUGGCUGGAGCCUAGCGGGGUGCCUGGGUACUGUGGAGGUGGGGGGCAUCGCCCUGCCUUACUACAGCCCAUCAGAGGUCAACCUGCCCCGGACUCAGGAGGAGCAGUUCCUUCGGACGUCCCCCAACCCACCCCAGAGAGGGUGCAGUGGAGGCCCAGUGUGCCAGCCCAGCCCUUGCGUGAACGGAGGCAGCUGUCAGGACCUCUGGAACCUGUUCAACUGUAGCUGUGAGGAGGGCUGGACCGGACGCCACUGUGAGCACAAUACAGACACCUGCGCCUCCAGCCCCUGUAUCCAUGGCAACUGCAGCAUUCAGGGGCUGGCAUAUGAGUGUGCCUGUGAGUUUGGCUACACCGGGGUGGACUGUGAGGAGGAGGUGGAUGUGUGUGAGAACCAUCUAUGCGCUAAUGGAGGCACAUGUCUACAUGGAGUGGACAUGUACGCCUGUCUGUGUGCUGAGAACUAUACCGGACCUAACUGCAAUGAUCGUAUUGAGGAAAUUCCAUGGUACAUAGACAACAGAAAAUCUAGGCCCAAGCUGCCAGUGUCUGUCUGUGGAGAUGAGAGCAGAAACUACAUCUGCUUCAACGCAGGGAACUGCACUGAGAGAGACCUGUCUUGUGACUGUCUACCCGGCUUCACUGGACACCGCUGUGAGCAGGAGGUGGAUGAGUGCAAGUCCAACCCCUGCUGGAACGGGGGCUACUGCCGAAACCUCAUUAACAAGUACCACUGUAUGUGUGACAUGAGUUUCGCCGGGGACAAUUGCCAGAUCGACAUAAGCGACGUUUUCUUUUACUCGGCCUUACUGUUCUGGCAGAACCUCUUCCAGCUACUCUCCUACCUCAUCCUGCACCUCGAUGACGAUCCUGAGAUCGACUGGGGAGGGCAGGACGACUGAGAGAGAGAGAGAGUGUGUACGUGUGUGUGUGUGUGUGUGUGUUUGUGUGUGUGCAUGUGUUCGUGUGGGGUGUAAGCUUGAGACUUAUGGUGAUGGAUGUUUCGGGGUUAAAUGCCUGUUCAAUGAAAAACAGCUAUGUUCUAAAUCGUGUGAGUGCCGUUAUAUCUGUGUGUCUGGGUAUUACAGUACCACUGGGGUUAGCAGAGAGGAUUCUUUGAAUCCGGUGUUUAGGGGUUGAAUCCAGCUGUGACAGCUGAGCACUAAGUACUUGAAUUAAGAAACAAUAGGGCUUGUCCUGAACUGGGCCAAUGAGACAAUGGAGCCCUGGACAAGACUUAAUGUCUCUGAGUGUAAAAGUACAGCUUAGCUAUAGGUUUUAAUUGUAUUUUCUAUUGUUCAGGUAAGCCCAAUUUAAAUGUAUUAUCUUCCUUUUCUGACAAGAGCACAGAGCUGUUUUUUGUGCCUUAAAACAACAUGUGUUUUAUGGGCAGCAGCUUUUAUUAAAAGUGUGAUUAUGGAAUAUGCUCUCUGUUGGAUCUGAGAAUAUGAAUAUCCUUUGGGCGAUGUUGCUAAACUAACACAGCUCAGGUAGCAUUAUAUUGUACAUUAGACUAAGCUAUACAGAAAUUAUAAUAAUGGGUAUUUUCCAUGGACCAAAUGUUUUGGACCAAAAAGUUUUGCAAUUGCACAGGAUCGUCAGUGUAAAUUAUAAGCACAAUUUCCGAAAGGAAUGUUUUGUUAUUGAAAAACGUUUUCAUAAUAAAAAAUGGUAUUUUCUUAGAUGAAUCUCGUCUCUGAAAGCAAAAUGUCUCACUUACAAUAUAUGGUCAGGCUCAUGUCCAUUUGAUAGUGUGUAUUCCUUGAGGAUAAUGGUACUGUACAUACUGAUACUGUAAGUGGUGUAGCGAGAGGGAUUCCCCUAGGCCCUUGAAGGCAGCGAAUCACACCUACCGUUUAUCAAUUUUAAACCAAUCAGAAUUCUGUCACACAUUCUCUGUUGUUGUCUAUACCUACAAAUAUGUCUGUCUCUAUGUCCAUCUCU